UGGAGAUCGAGAAGACGAUGUUGUAUAUAUGACCGCUAUAUAUAAAUAUCGUCCUAUGCAAAGGUCUAUUAUAUUCAUACAAAUCAAUCAAACCAAAAAUCAUCAAAUCAAAUGGCCAUCAUACCACUACUUGCCAUUUUGCUCCUAACUCUCCUCUCCUUCGCACUCCCAUGGCGGCGUAUUAGGAACACAAACUUCUCCUUAAUCGACUGGCCGGUGCUGGGUGUGCUUCCGGGCCUCCUUUGGAACGCGUGGACCGAUAAUAUCCAUGGCGCAGCCGACAGAACCCUCAAGGAAACCGGCGGCACGUUCGUUGUUCAAAGGCCCGUGGUUCGCCAACAUGGACUUCAUCGCCUCCAGCGAUCCGCUCAACGCCCACCACAUCUUCAGCAAGAGCUACGCCAAGUACAGGAAAGGCGAAGACUUCAAGGCCAUAUUCGAGUUCCUCGGAGAAGGCAUCUUCAACGUGGACGGCGAGUCGUGGAAGUUCCAGCGGCAGAUGCUCCAUUCCAUCCUCAACAACGAGGAAUUGCAGAACCACAUGACCACAACCCUCAAGCUGAAGAUGGAGGGCACCUUGUUCCCAGUUCUCGAUGCGAGAGCCGGGGCCGAGGUGGACAUGCAGGAGGUGGCAAAGAUGUUCAUGUUCGAUAACAUCUGCCUGUGGGUUUUGGGGUUUGAUCCAGGUUACCUUUCUGUGGACGGACGUUCAGAAACAUUCCCGUACGACAAAGCAUUCGAAGAAAUCUUUGAGGCAGUCAUAUACCGACAUAUAGUGCCCAGAGGUGUAUGGGAGUUCCAGAAAAGGUUCGGGAUUGGUUCGGAGAAGAAGAUUAGUCAUAGUACGAAGGUGUUGGAUGAAUUCAUAUACAAUGCUAUCAGGAUCAAGAAACAAGAGAUGCAAAAAGAGGAGCAGGGACAACAACUCGACAUGCUAACACAAUUGAUGAUAGCUGGUCAGAAAGGAGAAAGUUCAGACAAGUCCUUACGAGAUAUGGUGUUUACAUUAAUAGCAGCUGGAAAAGACACCCUAUCUUCCACUCUCAGUUGGCUGCUCUGGUUGGUUGCGACCCACCCUGACGUUGAGAAAAAGAUUCUCGAGGAGAUCGAACGAGUAACAGCCAUGGCUGGGCGGCAGGAAAGUGAUAAAGGGACAUACAGGUUUUUGAUAAGCAAAGAUGAGUUAAAUGGGCUAGUGUACCUUCAUGCGACAAUCUGCGAGACGUUGCGGUUGUAUCCACCAGUUCCAUUCGAGCAUAGAUGCGCCGAUGAAGCUGAUGUGCUCCCUACUGGUCAUAGAGUUAAGAAGGGCAUGAGGAUGUUGUUCUCCAUAUACUCCAUGGGGAGGAUGGAAGAGAUAUGGGGAAAAGAUUGCAUGGAGUUCAAACCUGAGAGAUGGAUUUCAGAAGAAGGGAACAUAAUCCAUGUUCCGUCGCAGAAGUUUAUGGCUUUUUUGACAGGACCAAAGACUUGUUUGGGGAAGGCGAUGUCUUUCAUGCAACUCAAGUUCAUUGUUAGUGCCAUUUUGUGGAACUACAAGCUUGAUAUGGUAGAGGGCCACAUCGUGAAACCAACACCUUCUAUUGUAUUGUCGAUGAAAGAUGGCUUGAAGAUGAGAGUCUACAAGAGAGAUGUUUAGUUUCUUCCUACAAUAUUGUGGUCUUUGAACUAGCUACCACUACUUCUCUAUCACCAUUUAUUUCAAUCAGUUGAGCAGUUGUUAAAUAAUUCAUAAUAAAUUUUGCUUUUUUGGUUUUCUUAUCAAGAGCCACCUAAAUUUUGUU